AUGCCACGAUCUUGGAGGGAAGAAUGGAUAGCAGGACCGCACCAUCCGGACAACAGGUCUCUCGUUGGAAGAUUCUUCUUCUGGUUGAUAAACUCAAGGUUUUGGGAAAAUCUCUUCUUGAUGUACAUUUUCUUCAACACAGUUAUCAAGCUCAGUGAUCUGAGAAUACAGCCUCAGUCCUACACAGACUUUCUGCUAUCCGUCUCACUCUGCUCGUGCAUUGUCUUUAACUCCGAGUGGUUGGUGGGUCUGCUUACGGUUGGGUACGUGGAGUUUUUCUCCGACAACUGGUAUCGUCUUGAUACUGCCGUCAACAUCAUGAAUUGGGGUUCAUACCUGACGGAGAUUCAAGUCUUUCCUUAUGCUGUCGGACUUGCUUUUCCCAAUAUUGCAUUUCUGCGCAUGUUGAGAUUUUUGAAGCCACUGGGUAGGAUAAGAGUUCUAUUGCCUUCCAAAGUGGUUGUACAGACUGUCAAAUCCGCUAUAACCAGUAUGGCUCCAGUGCUUGCUCUUUUGGCGUUCGCUCUUCUCUUCUUUGGUGUGGUUGGAAUCUAUCUGUUCGGAAGUCUUGGGCAGCUUUACUACCGUUGUGGUAGAGCUUUGACGAUCAAAGAAGCCUUUCACUUUUACAAUCCUGAAAAAUACAAAUCAAGCCCAUUGAAUACCAUCAACUUUAAAAAUUGUUCUGUGAAUAUGCCAUUAUACCAGGAAUAUCUCAAAGCCGCCCAGGACAACAAUGCUGAUCUUAGCAAUUUUCCAUGGACCACCAUAGUAAAUGGAGCUCCAAUCUCCGACCUGAGUGUCGGGGGCCAGCAGUACACUUGCGCUGAGCUGACACCAUUGAAGCUGUGCACAUGCCCUCAGUUGGACGCCUAUAACUCACCAGUAUGCGUUGACCUUACCGGCUCCUGCGGGACAGACUUGUGUUUCAUGGGAGAUGUCCCUCCCAUAAGUGUUAUGCUGGGAUUUGACAACAUGGCUGUAGCUGCGCUGACGGUGAUGGCUGUCUUCUACCAGAAGAAGUGGUCUCUUUUGAUGGAUGCGUGUACGCAAGCGACUGGAUUGCCUGCGGUCAUCUACUUCAUGAUCACUGUCUUCCUGGGCUCGUUCUGCUUGCUGAAUUUGACAGUCGCCACGGUUGGACAGAAUUAUGCAAGAGUCAAGAAAGAAGCCGAAGCGAAGAUGGCAAAGAAGGAAGAGGAGGUUGCGAGAAAAGCAAAAAUUCAGGCAGAGAGGGAUGAGAUGAAAAGAAAGCAGGGAAAAGGAAGCACGGACGACAACAACCAAGCUGACCUUUUUCUUGUAUCCCAAUUGAACAAGGUGGCGUCUGAAUGGGAGAACGAAAGGAUCAAAGCAAAGAAGAUUGCCUGCUAUCAAAAGCUGAAAUCUGAAAUCGCCAGAGUUUCUGUGAUGCAGGGCGCAAGCAACAAUCUUGUCUUAGCAGGUCGAUUUAUCAUCUACCCUCAAAACAACCUCGAGCUUCUUCCGUGCUCUAAGACUAGGCAAUACCUCGAAGGGAAACUGCUUCAGUUUCAAAUCGAAAAUGCAGACCUGCUGGAUGAAUUAGGAGAGGAGGAUGAGGAGGAUGACUUGAGCCAGGAAGAUUCAUCAGACUCUCAAGGUAUCGACUCGAGCAAUUCAAGUCAUGAACCAGCUACUGAGGGAGCAAAGGGCAAAGCUGACGCAGGCACCUCCUUCUUUGCGCUAUUGGCAGAUUUUGUGGUGCUUCUCAAUGCAGUUGGCUUGGCUGCGAGUGGCUUCAAUUUGUCUAUGAAUCCGUUCUUGAGCGACAUUGGAUAUUUUGCAUUGUUUUUCUUCAUUGCUGAAGCGGCAAUCAAAGGUUACGCUUAUGGAGGUUUGCAGUAUUACCUUGUGGAAUUAUCGAAUAUAUUUGACUUUUCUCUCGUGGUUAUUCCCGUGAUUGGGAAGAUUACAACUUUUGUGACAGGAAAUAUUUUGGGUCUGGGGUCAGAUUACAUCUUCCAGAUGGUUGCUCUGGAAUCUUUCAGGGCUUUUCGCAUCGCUAAGUUAGUACGACACCUCACAGGCUUGCGUAGGCUUACUGCACAAGCUUUUGGAAGUCCAACGAAUAUGUUCUAUACUAUGCUGGUGACAUUGAUUUUCAUAGCCUUCAGUUCACUGUUUGGACACGCAUUGUUCAAGAGCUCAGUUGCCUUUGCCAAACGGAGAAAUGAUUACCAGUACUUUGCUGCUGCUAUGCUAGCACUGUGUGAAUUUUUGUUCGGAGAAAGCUAUUUUCAUAAUCUUGAAAUUGGAUACAGCGACAGUAAUGUAAUUGGAUUAUUUUUCUUUGUAGCAUAUUACUAUCUUGCAAAUUUUAUUGUUCUUCGCAUAUUUAUAGCCCUCAUCAUGGAAAAUUUUGAAUUUGAUGAAGACGAAAAAAUUGCGAUGCAGAUUCAAUUGUUCCAACGAGAUCAAGUGUUGAGAAACGAUCUGAUAGACGGCAAAGCUAAGAGUUUUCCAUUGGAAGAACAAUGGGGCCGUCUGAGGAAACAAAAUCUUGACCCAGACAAACUGAAGGAGUUUCAAGACAGAUGGAGCAAAGCUGUUGCAGAACGAGCCGCAGAGGAAGGAGUUGCAGGACGAGAAGAAUCAAAGCCGCUGUGGGAAGUUGUCAUUGAAUCCGCCGAGAAUCAGAACAUCGCACAUGGAUAUGAUUCGCAUGGAAAAGCUUCGUUCAUACUAACUCUGAUGUCCUUGUAUACCGCACUGAGGAUGUUUGUUUAUGAUCUCGUGGAAAACAGAUGGUUCAAUUUGCUUGUGGCGACAGCGAUUGUGAUGUCGGUCGUUGUGCUGCAAAUCGAUCCUCCAACCGCCCCCAUAUUCCCGGACAGUGUUCGUCAUCUAAUUGACGUUGGCUUCUUUACAUUCUUCACAUUUGAAAUCUUGAUGCGAAUGAUGGCGUUUGGCUUGUUUCAUCAAGCGCAACCCGUCAAAAAGACUCUUGAGUUCCCCCAGGGAAAGCCACCCUUCUUUUCAGUCACCGAAGAAGGUGGUUGGAAUACCAUGGACUUUAUCUUCAUAUUGAUUUUGGUGGUCGAUGUUUUCUCCAACGCAUCACUAGGUAAUUUCAAAACCAUUAGAAUUAUCAGGGUGAUCCGACCAUUGCAAUCCAAUGUUCCCAUAGUGAAAAGCCUGCUUGCAGCAUUGUUCUCCAGUCUGACCAAAAUUUUUCAUGUUCUAAAUUUGCUUGGCAUUCUUUCCAGUAUUUUCGGAAUUAUUGGACUCUCUUUGUUUCAGGGUCGGAUGAAUUCCUGCAACGAUGAUGCUAUCGCAAAUUUUGAACAAUGUAUUGGGAACAACUAUGGCGGAUUACCAAAGGUCCCUUGCAAUUUCAUGGAUCCAAAGCAUCCCAAUGGAACUCUAUGCUCCAACAAAGUAGGCUCGUUCUUGUAUCAGCAGAUUCUAGUUCCACGGGUAUGGUCAACAAAUCCCGAAAACUUUGAAAAUUUCGGGGAUGCAUGUAUCACGCUCUUGCGAUUAGUCGCUGCAGAUACAUUGAGGCCAAUUUUUCAUUCAAUGAUGGACAUUCCGAGAAGAACUCAAAUUGUUUGCAGCGACGGUAGUAUCGGUGAUAAUGGAUGCCCCAACGGAGAGCCGCCGUACAUCGUCUCUGAACAGCCUAGCGAGAAUCCAGCGGGAAGUGCGAAUGUUCUGUUUGCGAUAACUUACAUCUUCAUCGCCAACGCUUUUGUCUCGCAAUUGGUGAUCGGUGUCAUGAUAGACAACAUCCGACGACAGACUGGUACUGCACUCUAUACCGAGGAUCAGCGCAAAUGGUAUGCGACGGGAGAGACGAUGAAGAGGAACUUGUCGUUGAAAUUGAGACCAGUGAAACCAGUCAACAAGUUCAGCAUUUGCGGGAAUUUUAAUGUAUAUAUGCCAGGAAGAGAACAGCUCUAUGACAUCUUGAACAGCGAGACCUACGACAAUCUGAUGAUGAUUAUCAUUAUUCUCAACACUCUCUGGAUGGCUACAGAGCAUUUCCCUUCUGAUUCAUUAUACAGAGACAUCAAGGUGUACCUGAGCAUCAUCUUUACAAUCAUUUACACUGUUGAGCUCGUUGCCAAGAUGUAUUCCUUUGGUGUUAUAACUUGGCUCAAGGAACCACCAUCUGGACAGCAUGUAAAGGGAAAAUUGCGUGUAUGGAGCCCGUACUUCAGAGACAACUGGAACUGUUUCGAUUUUUGCAUAGUCAUGUUGAGCUUGCUGGAUGCGAGUGGUUUGCUCAAUGGUCUGACGUUCCUGAGAUUACUUCGAGUCUUGAGGUUGUUCCGACUCGUGCGGAGAGUGAAGACAUUGCAGCUCAUGGUUCAAACGCUGCUCGGGGCGAUUCCAUCCAUCCUUAGUGCACUCUUCUUCCUCGGGAUAUGGAUUUUCCUCUUUGCUUCUAUUGGAAUGGAUCAAAGCAUGUUUCCCAACGUGAAAAUCGGUAUCGUCAUUGAUAGCAGAUGGAACUUCACAUCGUUGUACAAUUCGAUGAUGUUGCUAUUCCGCAUUGCUACGGGAGAUUCGUGGUUUGACAUCGUGUAUGAUGGAGCUGUGUUACCGCCAUACUGUACUGCCAACCCGGCGGCAGAGCAUCCUAUCCUGCUUGCAGGAGUGCCGGGAGAUUGUGGGAUCGGGUCAGGAUCUUACAUCUACUUUCUCGGGUUCUGGCUGGGCUGCAACUUUGUGUUCGGACCAUUGUUUGUCGCAACGCUGAUCAACUACUUCUUCGAGGCGCAGGUGGACGUAGUUUCUCUCUUCAACAGAGACGAUUGCGAGCUCUACGCGUCUGUGUGGUCUGAGUUUGACGAGAACGGCAUCGGAAGGAUCUCCAUCGAGAACUUGAGGCCCUUCAUAGAACGACUUGCCGAGGUCGGGCACCGCGUGGGUUUCAGGACGUCGGAGAGCCCAGAGAGGUUCAAGAGCAUUUGGUCGCGGGUAAUGGCAGACCCUCUCAAGUUUCCAGAGCAAGGCCUCCUUGUAGCACAAGAAAAGGAUAGAGAGAGACUUGGACUGAGCAAGAUAGACCGAAACAACAUCAUCAAAGCAUCGCUGAAUACUCAGAGGGCCAAACAAAUCCGUAAAUACAUCUAUGAGAAUACCUUUGUGCAAGAGAGGAACGAAGUUGGAUUUCACUACCUUGCAAAAGUUCUUGUGAUUCAUCAAGAAAACAUAAAAGCUCCACUGACGACAUCUGACCUUAUCAAUCGGGGCGCUGCCUUUCAACAGUUCAUGGGUUUGUUGAACUACCACGAGAUCCCUGGUCGUGAAGGGAAGGAAAAUCAGAGAUGGCAAGCGCUGGAGAUUCACAAUCGGUUGCUUUCUCCGCUCGAUGCCAAGAAGGAGAAGUCUGGUGCAAGGGCCAUCGACGUCUCACAGCUGCCGAGGAUUUUCAUGGCGAUCGCGUACGUGAAGCAAGAGCUUCGUCCGAGAAGAGUCGGCGAUGAGGAGGUGAACAGGCCGACGGGAACCAAGAGGGAGGCGCUUGUCAGGAAGAUAGCCUCUCUGCAGGAUAGCUUCGACGAGAUCAUCAGCUCCCUUGUAGACAACAUCCUGUGGGGUGUGGAGGACGACGACGACGACGAGGAGGAGGAGGAGCACGACGAGGACGAAGGUCACAGUGUGAAGGGCAUCAUCGACUUGCACCUGGAGCAGAUCAUGGACGAGACCAUCUCCUUGUACGCGCAGCAGACAUGCACCAGGUUGUCAGACAGGAUGAAGAAGAGCAGCAUGCCAGAGAGGCCGCACACGCAGCGGUACACGAGCAACAUGCUGGAAUCGGGGAAGAUGGAGCCGCGAGUCUCGACGGUUCCUCGAGGAUGGUUGAACGCGAGGAGGACGAGGAAUCUGAAACGAGUCACCAUCAACGACUGGACGGCGGACGAGAAGAACAAGGAGGCUACCGUUACAGCUCUGCAACGAUUCUCAGCGGUGGAGCAUCACCCAGGGCAUCAACCUCUGAGCAUGUCCAACUUCAGCUCAGAGCUCAGGAGCAGGCUGCAGAGGCUGAGCAAGAACGACGUAUGGAAGUCCAUGUACAAGGAAACUUUCAGCAGGCGGGGAGGUGCAGGGGCUGCUACCCCAGCGAGUACGUGGAAGGGCGUGUAUGCCAUGAGCUUGCAACACGUGCAGGAGAGAAUGCAGAGCCCUCAGGGCGAACCCCCUGGCUCAGACGAGAACGCCUCUGAUUCAGCCAGAAGACAAGACGUGCUGCCGCGACAAAGUUUUCCCUUCUUCCCGAUCUGCAUGUCUGAAAGAUGA